AUGCAGGUGGAGGGCGCGCUUGUCCGGGCCCCGGUGGCCCCGGUGGCCCUGGCGCCGCCCGGAGCCGGCGUGGUCGGCGUCGGCGCGCUCCUGCUGGCCACCACCGUCCUGCUGCUGCUACUGCUGCUGGCGGAGCGGGCUCGGCGGGCGUACCGCGACUACCUCCACAUGCACAAGGUGGUGGCCGACAUGCCGGGCCCGCCGACGCUGCCCCUGGUCGGCAACCUCCUGGACGUGGUGGCGGGCGGCGACGACUACAUCUACGACAACAUCUGCCGCCUGGUGGCGCGGCACGGCCCCACGGUGCGGGUGUGGCUGGGCCCCGAACUGGUGGUGGGCAUCACAGACCCGCGCGACGUGGAGUUCGUGGCCACGAGCCAGGAGCUGAUCGACAAGUCACCCUUCUACGGCGUGCUGGAGCCGCUGCUGGGCCUGGGGCUGUCGUGCCUCGGCGGCCAGGAGGUGCGCCGGCACCGCAAGAUCGUGAUGCCGUCGCUGCACCUGGACAUCCUGCACGACUUCGUGGACACCUUCCGGCGCGAGGCGCUGCGCUUCGCGGACCGCCUGGAGCAGCACGCCGACGACGGCGAGGUGUUCGACGUGGCGCCGCUGUGCGUCGAGUACUCGCUGGCCGCCGCGCUGCAGACCAUCAUGAGCACCGAGCUGGACGACGCGGGCGACGAGGGCCGGCGCGAGUUCGGCGGCUGGCUGCAGGGCGCCAUGGACGUGUUCAUGUACCGCGUGUGGCGGCCGUGGUUCCUCAACGACACGCUGUUCCGGCUGUCCGGCCGCCACGACCAGUACGUCCGCACCACGGCGGCGCUCAACGGCUUCACCGAGGCCAUCAUCGUGGACAAGCGCCAGCAGCUUGCCGCCAGGAAGCCCUCCGACGCCACCGAGGCGCCGCGGCGGCCGCGCCGACGGGCCUUCCUGGACAACAUCCUGGACAGCGAGGAGGGGUCGGCGCUCACGGACUCGGAGCUGCGCGACGAGGUGAAGACGCUGCUGUGCACGGGCGCCGAGACGUCGGCCAGCACGCUCAGCUUCGUCCUGAUGGUGCUGUCGCUGCGGCAGGACAUCCAGGACAGGCUGGUGCAGGAGCUGGACGACGUGUUCGGCGGCGACGCGGCGGACGCGGCCCGCCCGGUGACCAUGGAGGAGCUGCCGCACCUGCAGUACCUGGAGCGCGUCAUCAAGGAGACGCUGCGCAUGUUCCCGGUGCUGCCCUUCUUCACGCGGAGCUGCCCGCGCGACUGGCUGCCGUCCGGACACACGGCGCCGCGCGGCGCGCACCUCACCUUCUUCCUGCCCGCCCUGCACUCCGACCCGCGCGUCUGGCCCGAGCCGCGCCGCUUCGACCCCGACAGGUUCCUCCCCGAGCGCAGCUGCGGCCGCCACCCCUUCAGCUACCUGCCCUUCAGCGCGGGCCCGCGGAACUGCGUCGGACAGAGGUACGCCAUGCUGCUGCUCAAGGUGGAGGUGGCCACGCUGCUGCGCCGGUUCCGCGUCCUGGCCCCGGACGACACGGCCGACGUGCCCGGCCGCGACAUCGCCGACGUGCCCAUCAAGGUGACCCUGGUCAUCGCCGUCAAGGGGGGCGUGCGCAUCCGCGUGCAGCGACGCCACUAG